AUGUACAGCACCUUCGCUGAAUCCACUCAUUACGGCAACCCAUAUUCGCAGCCACAACAACCCGAUACCAGUGGUGGUCAGAUCUCGGUCAUGACCUGGAACCCACCACCUUUCAAUCGUAAUUCGGUGCAAUACAGCCAAAACCCAACACAACAACAUCAUCAUCACCAUCAUCCUUCCUAUAAUGUGCCUACAAUGCCACCUCAGCAACGUGCACACCCUCUUCCCAUGAUCCCAAUGCAACGGCCUGCUAUGUCGUCUCCUCCUCAACAACAACAGCGACCUGCUAUGUCUCCUCAACAACAGCAACAGCAACAUGCAUCAUCACCCCAAAAUCAAAACAACAGUAAUAAUAGCCAUUCUCAGCAACAACAGCAACAACAACAGCAACAGCCUAAGCUGACAACUUCCUAUUGGGAGGAUGAGGGUACUAUUUGCUAUCAAGUAGAUGCCAGAGGUUUUUGUGUUGCUCGUCGACAAGAUAAUGACAUGGUCAAUGGCACCAAAUUAUUAAAUGUGGUGGGCAUGUCACGAGGCCGACGUGAUGGUAUCCUCAAGAACGAACGUGGACGUGUUGUCGUUAAAGUUGGUGCAAUGCACUUGAAGGGCGUGUGGAUCACGAUUUCUCGUGCAAAGGCACUUGCUGCUCAAUUCAACAUUUCCUAUUUGUUGCAUCCAUUAUUCACAGAUGACCCAAGUAUCUUCUUUUAUGCCAACCCGCCCAUGUUGCCACCAAUGCCACCAGGAUACUUUUUCCCUGGAACGGUUCAAUUUCCAGCAUCAGCAUUUCCGCCACCACCUCCACCACCGCCUGUGCCACCACGCAUGACGAGCUCAGAAACCAAUCACAGUAUGGCGCGUGCACCAUCUGUGCCAUCCAUGGUAUUCAAUAACUUUGCGCAACAACAACAGCCAUAUGCUGUACCUCCGCCACCACCACCACAAGCAGCAACAACAACAACAACAGCUCCCCCCACAUCAGCACCACCACCUCCACCACCAUCGCAAGCUUCAUUCCAUUAUGAGGCUACAAGUUUGAGUGAUUACGCUAGCCGUGCAACGAAUGGGUCAUCAUCAGCAUUAUCAGAAUCAGCACCUCCAACACCAUGCUCACAACAAUACCAUCAUCAUUUGCACAUGUUGCAUCCCUAUGAUGGUACAAGUAGUGCAAAUACAAGCUCAACGGCUUUGGAAACUCCAUCCAUGGAUAGCCAGCUGCUGAAUCAAUAUGAUGUUGACAUGUUUACGCCAUCACCAGCAGCAUACUAUGAUGAGCAAGCACAACACCAUUUGACUCCACCGCAAUAUCACCAACAACAGCAAGAAGCCAAAUGGUACAAUUACCCUAUCCAGACCCAACAGCAGCCAUUGCACUAUCAUCAACCAUGGUGA